GUCUCAAUUUUCUCACGGUCGUCUUGAUUAUAACAGGUAGGAGAGUUUUCGGCCGGCCGCUAAUGGAGUCGAGCAAUGCGUAGGGUUUAUGCUUCUAUAGAGCUUUGUUUCUUUGAAAUUUCUUCAUAACCUUUGAAUGUCGUAAAAGAUUUCAGAAACCAGAAGGCGUUAAUAGAAGUUGACGAUGGAGCCGGAGGUGAUAGAAGCCGAGUUAGUGUUGCCGACUCACCUGAAUUUCAAGCGAAUUCAAAUGUACGAGAAGUAUCCGAAAGGCCAAUCCAGAGGCAGGCACUGGAAGCAUCUGAAGCAAAUUCUUCAAGCCGAGAAUUAUCACAACUACUCAUCUGAUGAACCCAACUAUGUUAAUAUCGAGUCACCUCCGUCGAUGCAUCCAUGCAAGAAAAUUUGUGAUAUAACAGGAUAUGAGGCACCAUACUAUGAUCCCAGGACUACUCUUCGAUAUGCAAAUGCUGAUAUCUUCAAGGUCAUAAGAUCACUUCCUAAUGAGUAUGUUCAGAGGUAUUUGGCCAUGAGAAAUGCAGCUGUUGUUUUAAGGUAA